UUCUCUAACAGCACAUUUAAAACGUUCUGCAAGACCAAUGAUCAAGCCAAGGACGAAAACGACGUGAUGAAAUAUAUAGUACCAACUAUUGCUGGUCCGCGAGAAGCCAACUAUCCAUCUACCAGCUCUAUAGUCUUUGGGAAUCUCGAGCCACUUACCGAUGGGACUAUAGCAGCACCUCGACCAGACAUUGCUCUCGGCGCCAUUCCCCAGCAACUCCAUCCGACUGUUCGCAGCGAGCUUCAACAUCACAUUAUCCCUUCCACUUCAACACAUCGAUUAAUAGCGCCAAAUUUCUUUAUGGAAGCGAAGGGCCCGGACGGAUCAGCAGCGGUAAUAUUGCAGCAGGCUUGCUAUGAUGGAGCAGUUGGUACCCGAGCUAUGCAUAGCCUGCAGAACUAUAGCCGGGAGGAGCUAGUGUACGAUAGACAAGCUUAUACCUACAGCUCAACCUACCAUGAUGGCCAGCUCAAGCUGUUCGCUUACCAUGCUACUGCGCCCGCUGCACCAGGAGAGCAACUCCAGUAUUAUAUAAAUCAGCUGAGAACAUUCGGCAUAACAGAUACACGUGAGACCUUUGUUCAGGGAGCUUCUGCAUACAGGAAUCUGAGGGACCUAGCGAUGCAGCAGCGAAACACAUUCAUUGAGGAGGCCAACGCU